AUGCCUACGCACCUGCUUCGUAGCCUCUUCCUGUCGUCCCCGGUCCUGGUGUGCUCCAUGGCUGGCCCUGGUGGUCAACCUGCUCGGCGCGCCGCCUCUCCCUCUCCAGCACUCGCGGAUCCGCUCCGGAGGCGGCCUUGCCGGCGGCUUGCCCAGGUGGCGAAGGUGCAUCGGAACCUGUUCCUCGAUUUCAAGGAGUGCCAGGCUCCUCCUGCCCCAAUUCUUGGGGUUCCAGAGGCUUUUACAGCAGACAAAAAUGACCCGAAGCUCAAUCUUGGAGCUGGUGCCUAUAGGACAGAAGAGUUGCAGCCCUAUGUGCUCAGUGUACUAAACAAGCUCACCUUUGCAGGAAUGCCUCUAUGGAUUUAUGCCACUGUGAAGCUCGCCUUUACAGCAGCUCACCGGCAAGGUCUUCUGGAUGGGAUAUGGACUGUUGUAAAUUAUCCUUAUGGCAACAAAUAUGAUGAUGUCAAAUUGCCUGAUAAGAAACCUGCUAGGUUCACUCUUUCCAUUCAGCUAUUAGUGCCGGAAGAGAUUGUCAUCUGCCUGGGAUUCGGUAAUAAUGCUUCUGUCACCAGCCAUACUUUCCUGUUUCCACUGAUAUUUAGGGGCAUGUACCAGAUUUAA